CCGGCCUGCACUGCGGUGUUUCCCGCGCGGGCUAUCCCAGUUCGCGGGCGUACGGCGCGGCCUUUCUAACAGCCGCCGGCGCCGCCACGGUCAUGGGUUUCCUGAAGCUGAUUGAGAUCGAGAACUUUAAGUCGUACAAGGGUCGGCAGAUUAUCGGACCAUUUCAGAGGUUCACCGCCAUCAUUGGACCCAAUGGCUCUGGUAAGUCAAAUCUCAUGGAUGCCAUCAGCUUUGUGUUGGGUGAGAAAACCAGCAACCUGCGGGUAAAGACCCUGAGGGACCUGAUCCAUGGAGCUCCUGUGGGCAAGCCAGCUGCCAACCGGGCCUUUGUCAGCAUGGUCUACUCUGAGGAGGGUGCUGAGGACCGCACCUUUGCCCGUGUCAUUGUUGGGGGUUCCUCUGAGUACAAGAUCAACAACAAAGUGGUCCAGCUACAUGAGUACAGUGAGGAAUUAGAGAAGUUGGGCAUUCUUAUCAAAGCUCGUAACUUCCUCGUCUUCCAGGGCGCUGUGGAAUCUAUUGCCAUGAAGAACCCCAAAGAGAGGACAGCUCUUUUUGAAGAGAUCAGUCGCUCUGGGGAGCUGGCCCAGGAAUAUGACAAGCGAAAAAAGGAAAUGGUGAAAGCUGAAGAGGACACGCAGUUUAAUUACCAUCGCAAAAAAAACAUCGCAGCUGAACGCAAGGAGGCCAAACAAGAAAAAGAAGAGGCUGACCGCUACCAGCGCCUGAAGGAUGAGGUGGUGCGAGCUCAGGUACAGUUGCAACUUUUCAAACUUUAUCAUAAUGAAGUGGAAAUCGAGAAACUCAACAAAGAACUGGCCUCUAAGAACAAGGAGAUCGAGAAGGACAAGAAGCGGAUGGACAAGGUAGAGGAUGAGCUGAAGGAGAAGAAGAAGGAGCUGGGCAAAAUGAUGCGGGAACAGCAGCAGAUUGAGAAGGAGAUCAAGGAGAAGGACUCAGAGCUGAACCAGAAGCGGCCUCAGUACAUCAAAGCCAAGGAGAAUACCUCCCACAAAAUCAAGAAGCUGGAAGCAGCCAAGAAGUCCCUACAGAAUGCUCAGAAGCAUUACAAGAAGCGUAAAGGUGACAUGGAUGAGCUGGAAAAGGAGAUGCUGUCAGUGGAGAAAGCCCGGCAGGAGUUUGAGGAACGGAUGGAAGAGGAGAGUCAGAGUCAGGGCAGAGAUUUGACCCUGGAGGAGAAUCAGGUGAAGAAAUACCACCGGUUGAAAGAAGAAGCCAGCAAGAGAGCAGCUACCCUGGCGCAGGAGCUUGAGAAGUUCAAUCGAGACCAGAAGGCCGACCAGGACCGGCUGGAUCUGGAAGAGCGGAAGAAAGUAGAGACAGAGGCCAAGAUCAAACAAAAGCUGAGGGAGAUUGAAGAGAAUCAGAAGCGGAUUGAGAAACUGGAGGAAUACAUCACAACUAGCAAGCAGUCCCUCGAGGAGCAGAAGAAGCUAGAGGGGGAGCUGACAGAGGAGGUGGAGAUGGCCAAGCGGCGAAUUGAUGAGAUCAAUAAGGAGCUGAACCAGGUGAUGGAGCAGCUGGGGGAUGCACGCAUUGACCGCCAGGAGAGCAGCCGCCAACAGCGUAAGGCAGAAAUUAUGGAAAGCAUCAAGCGCCUGUACCCUGGCUCUGUGUACGGCCGCCUCAUUGACCUCUGCCAACCCACACAAAAGAAGUAUCAGAUUGCAGUAACCAAGGUUUUGGGUAAGAACAUGGAUGCCAUUAUCGUGGACUCAGAGAAGACAGGCCGGGACUGUAUUCAGUAUAUCAAGGAGCAGCGUGGGGAGCCUGAGACCUUCUUGCCUCUUGAUUACCUGGAGGUGAAACCUACAGAUGAGAAACUCCGGGAGCUGAAGGGGGCCAAGCUGGUGAUUGACGUUAUUCGCUAUGAGCCACCUCACAUCAAAAAGGCCCUGCAGUACGCUUGUGGCAAUGCCCUUGUCUGUGACAAUGUGGAGGAUGCCCGCCGCAUUGCCUUUGGAGGCCACCAGCGCCACAAGACAGUGGCACUGGAUGGGACCCUGUUCCAGAAGUCAGGGGUGAUCUCUGGCGGGGCUAGUGAUCUGAAGGCCAAGGCCCGGCGCUGGGAUGAGAAAGCAGUAGACAAGUUGAAAGAGAAGAAAGAGCGGUUGACAGAAGAGCUGAAGGAGCAGAUGAAGGCAAAGCGGAAAGAGGCAGAACUACGUCAGGUGCAGUCUCAGGCCCACGGACUGCAGAUGCGGCUCAAGUACUCACAGAGUGACCUAGAACAGACCAAGACACGACAUCUGGCCCUGAAUCUGCAGGAAAAGUCCAAGCUGGAGAGUGAGCUAGCCAACUUUGGGCCUCGAAUCAAUGAUAUCAAGAGGAUCAUCCAGAGUCGAGAGAGGGAAAUGAAAGACUUGAAGGAGAAGAUGAACCAGGUAGAGGAUGAGGUAUUUGAAGAGUUUUGUCGGGAGAUUGGUGUGCGCAACAUCCGGGAGUUUGAGGAAGAGAAGGUGAAGCGGCAGAAUGAAAUCGCCAAGAAGCGUUUGGAGUUCGAGAAUCAGAAGACUCGCUUGGGCAUCCAAUUGGAUUUUGAAAAGAACCAACUGAAGGAGGACCAGGAUAAAGUACACAUGUGGGAGCAGACAGUGAAAAAAGAUGAAAAUGAGAUAGAAAAGCUCAAAAAGGAGGAGCAAAGACACAUGAAGAUCAUAGAUGAGACCAUGGCCCAGCUACAAGACCUGAAGAAUCAGCACCUGGCCAAGAAGUCAGAGGUGAAUGACAAGAACCAUGAGAUGGAGGAGAUUCGUAAGAAACUGGGGGGCGCCAACAAGGAAAUGACCCAUUUACAGAAGGAGGUGACAGCCAUUGAGACCAAGCUUGAACAGAAACGCAGUGACCGCCACAACCUGCUACAGGCCUGCAAGAUGCAGGACAUCAAGUUGCCACUGUCUAAGGGCACCAUGGACGAUAUUAGUCAGGAAGAGGGUAGCUCCCAGGGGGAGGAUUCAGUGAGUGGCUCCCAACGAACUUCCAAUAUCUAUGCACGAGAGGCCCUCAUCGAGAUUGACUACGGCGACCUGUGUGAGGAUCUGAAGGAUGCCCAGGCCGAGGAGGAGAUCAAGCAGGAGAUGAACACACUGCAGCAGAAGCUGAAUGAGCAGCAGAGUGUGCUCCAGCGUAUUGCUGCCCCCAACAUGAAGGCCAUGGAAAAGCUGGAAAGUGUCCGAGACAAGUUCCAGGAAACCUCAGACGAGUUUGAGGCAGCCCGAAAGCGAGCCAAGAAGGCCAAACAGGCAUUUGAACAGAUCAAGAAGGAACGCUUUGACCGCUUCAAUUCCUGUUUUGAAUCAGUGGCCACCAACAUUGAUGAGAUCUACAAGGCCCUGUCCCGUAACAGCAGUGCCCAGGCAUUCCUGGGCCCUGAGAACCCUGAGGAGCCCUACUUGGAUGGCAUCAACUACAACUGUGUAGCUCCUGGCAAACGCUUCCGGCCCAUGGACAACUUGUCAGGGGGGGAAAAAACAGUAGCAGCUCUGGCACUGCUCUUUGCCAUCCACAGCUACAAGCCAGCCCCCUUCUUCGUCCUGGAUGAGAUAGAUGCUGCCCUGGAUAACACCAACAUUGGCAAGGUAGCAAAUUACAUCAAGGAGCAGUCGACUUGCAACUUCCAGGCCAUCGUCAUUUCUCUCAAGGAGGAGUUCUACACCAAGGCUGAGAGCCUCAUUGGAGUCUACCCCGAGCAAGGGGACUGUGUGAUCAGCAAAGUCCUGACCUUCGACCUCACCAAGUACCCAGAUGCCAACCCCAACCCCAAUGAGCAGUAGCAGUAGUUCUGCCCUCCUGCCCGGUCUGGAUCCCUAAGUUACGCCUCUCCCAAUCUCUGGAUAUUUGGCUCCCAACCUUUCCCUACCUCCUGUCCCUGUUUGGUAUAGUUAUGGGAUUUAGGCACUGCUGUCAAGCAUGAAGAGGAACAGAGGUGAUGUUAGUUCUGGAGCAAAAAUUCCUGAGCUUCAGGGAGCAUCCAGACCUCUGGAACGAGGUGCUGAGCUGAACUGAGCUGAACAGGGCCAUCUGUCCAUCCCCCCUUCUGCCACCCUGGACCUUACCCCGUCACCCAUAAUCAUGGAUUCCUUGGGCCCCCUGCAUUUUGCUUGUGUGUGGUAUGUACAUGUGUGUAUAUGUGUCCACAUGUGCGCAUGUGGGUGUGUUUGCAAAAUAAUAAAGAUAUUGGAGACCCAUUUUAGAAGGAGCCUAGGCUGAAUUUGAUUCCAAGAGAGCUUAGUAUGACAGCACCCCGGCGCUGGGCAUAGUUAUUCCAGACCUCAGGAUUCAGGCUGUUACGUGAAACCACCCUCAUUCACUCAUUAAUGCUUUCAUUCAUUUCCUGUGUUCAUCAAAUACAUACUGAACACCCUCUUUGUCAGACUCUAUGCUAGGAAUACAGAACUGAAUCAGACAUGAUCUCUACCCUCCUACUAAGGAGAUGCUAGUGGGUUCAUGAGUUCCUGUGGUUAGCUGAAUCAUGUAUAGGUGCUUUGAAUUUGAGAAGAGGAUGAUCAGCUCCAGGCUUCCUGGAGGUCACAUUUGAGCUGGACCUUGACAAGUUGGUAGGAUUUGGUUGGGUGCUAGGAGCAGAGCCUAGGCUCUAGGGACAGUUCUAGUCCCAUUUUUUUAUCACUUACUAGCUUGACACUGGGCAAGUCAUUUGACCUUUCUGUGCCUGUUUCCUCAACUGUAAAAUGGGGCUAACAGUAUUUACCUACCUCGUAGGAUUUAAUGAUGUCAAACUCCUCACUGGAGGCCUUAUCCCUGCUUGGAGCCCACUAGGUGCCAACCCCUCAGAAUCCAAGCCUUCUCAUGCCUAACCCCUGAGGGCUUCUGAUCCCAGUUGUUAGGGACAGAAGGAGCCUCCAAAUCUGGGAAGUGUUGAAUGCCCUGGUUAUUGGGAAAGUUCCAGGGCAUUGAUGGGGUUUACCUGGUAAGUGGAGGACCUAAGGAACCCUAUCGCUUCAAUCAUGUAUGAUAACUGGGUGCCUAAGCCCCAACCUGGGUUGUGAGGAAGUAGGGGAGAGGUAGCCUGGGCCGCAUCCUGGCUGUGUGUAAUGUUCCUUCUGGGAACUAACCGCAUUAGUUGCAGGCACUGUGCAGAGGCAGUGCAGUCUGCUGCCAUGAGGUCGGUCUUUGCUUGUUCAUGUAUACUGUCAGACCAUCACCUUGUCCGAUCUGUAUAUUACAUUUUUUCUUUUUAAAAGUUAAAUCAGUUCUAAUUAUCCAAGUAAUGCAUGAAUCCAUUUUCUUUUUAAGAAAUUAGAUUGUUGCAAAUAAAGCUAACUUCAUUCGACUACCAUUCCCCCUCCCCCUCUCAAUUCCUAUAAUGUCUGUUGUACAUCCAUCUUGACUUUGUUUUAAGACUUUUACGUAUGAAUUCAUUGAAAAUACUGUGUUUAAUGCAGAUGGUAUAUUGAAUCAUUCUGCAGUUUUCUUUCUUAGCAAUGUUUUUGAGAUAUAUGCAUGUUGCUAAAUGUAGAUGCAGUUCACCCUUAGUAAUUGUUAUGUAAAUUGCCAUGAUGUGACUCUGCCACAUUUUAUUUACCUAUUUCUCGUGUGAUAGACAGUAAGACUUCUGUUUUUGCUGUUAUAAGGAUACUACGCAGGAGCAUCGUGUGUGCGUGUGUGAAAAUUUACCUAGGGUUGAUUCCUACAAGUUGAAUUACAGAAUCGUAGGUUAUUUAUAUUUUUGUUUUUAAUAGAUACUUCCAAAUUGCCUUUCUGUACUGUUUACUCAGUAUUUUUCUUGAGGUUGUCUUGGGUCUAGUAUCGUUAUCUACUUCAUUUCAUCCUGAGUAGUGAUAACCGUGAAACCAUGGGUGAGAUGUGCUAAUAAGUAUGUAUUUUCUAAUACAUAUUAAAAGGGAUAGCUAUCAAAACAAAAUAAAUUUGUCUGUGUUCAACCAAAGAAGUCACAUACCACUAGUGGUAUGUGUGCUGUAAUUUGGGAAAUGCUGGCAUAUGUGGAACAGCACAACUGGGGAGUCACCCUGGUUCAAAUACUAGCUGUAGAAACUUGAACCUGUUAGUUCACCUCCUUGAGCCUCAGUUUCCUAAUGUAGGAAAGCAGAUAAUAUACACCUACCUUGCAGCGGUGUAAGGAAGAUGAAAUGAAAUAUAUCUGAAGCAAUUUGGCUGGCAUGUAGAUUAUCACAGGACUUUAAAGGUAGCGAUUGCUGGGCUUCCCUGGUGGCGCAGUGGUUGAGAGUCUGCCUGCCAAUGCAGGGGACACGGGUUCGAGCCCUGGUCUGGGAAGAUCCCACAUACCGCAGAGCAACUGCGCCCGUGAGCCACAACUACUGAGCCUGCGCAUCUGGAGCCUGUGCUCCGCAACGAGAGGCCGCGAUAGUGAGAGGCCCGCACACCGCGAUGAAGAGUGGACACUGCUCGCUGCAACUAGAGAAAGCCCUCACACAGAAACGAGGACCCGACACAGCCAAAAAUUAAUUAAUUUUUAAAAAAGUGAUUGCUAUUCUUCCCACUUUGCAGAUGAGGAGACUGAGGCCCAGCAAGGUUAAAUCACCCAGCUACCAGAUAACAGUGAGGGUUUGAACCCACACCCUCCAAUUCAGUCUUGAGCUUUCUCCCCUCUAAGGGUGGUUAUCAACCUUACCUGCGAAGCUUUUUCCUUUUCCUUUUUUUUUGGUUGCACGAUGCAGCUAGCAGGAUCUCAGUUCUCUGACCAGAGAUUGAACCCGGGCCAUGGUAGUGAAAGCCUGGAAUCCUAACCACUAGGCCACCAGGGAACUCCCUCUUUUUCCUUUUUAAAAAUCAAAGCAAUAUAUACACCAGUUAGAAAAUAAAAUAGUACAGAAGGGCUUAUAAUGAAAAGCAGCAGUUCCCUGCUGCACCCCCAUGUCCAAAGGAUGUGGAGCUCCUUGCUCUGGUCCCACCCCUGGAAAUCUAAUUCAGUAGGUGUGGAUGAUAAUCUGAGUAACUAAUCCCUAUCUCACGAGGUAGAAAGCAUUACAUGAGAUGCCUUAGGAUAAGACCCUGGCACAUAGGAACAGAAGUGCUCCAAAAGAUUUAAAUCCUGAGGAUCAGAGAGGUGAGAUGACUUGUCUGAGAUUCCAGUGGUUCGCUGGCAGAGCCUAGACUUCCACUGGGAUCUCCUCUGUGCUUGCCCAGUGCUUUCCCUUGUGCCACACCACCUCCUAUCAUCACAAGGCAACACGUGCUCAGUGCAGGCUGUGCCCAGAGAAGAGCAGACACCAUGGUGUGUUUCCAAGAGCCAGCUGGAUCUAAGUAGAAUCCCUAGGGCUAGUUGGAGGACACUUGGUUGACUCCCUUAUGUUCUGGACCCGGUAGCCUUAGUCUCGGGACACAAACAUGAGUCAAAUCUUUCUCCUGUCUUUGAGGAACUCACUGUCUAGUUGGGGAGGCAAUUCAUAAAGCAGUGUGAUCAGUGCUCUGACAGGAGCAUGGAUAAAGGAGGGGCAUCUAGCUUAGGUAGAGGUUCAGGGAAGACGUCCUCUAGUCUAGGAAGUGACACCUGAGCUGACUCUUGGGGGACUGGCAGGAAUUAGCCAGUUGAGGAGGAAGUGGAAGGAGUUUCCAGUUAGAACAGUAUGCACAAAGACCUGAAGGCAAGAAACAUCCUAGCAAUUCAGAAAUACGGAAGCAUAAGGUUUCCUGGGCUGGGGAAAAGCAGCAGGAAAUGAAGCUAGAGAGGUAGUCAGGAACCAGAUUUGAAGAGGGUCGUAAGAGCCUGGCUACAGAGCAGAUUUACCUCGUAGGACAGUGUGGUUCUCAAACUGGCUGUGCAUCUUGGGGCAUCCUGGGCCCCAACUUCUAAAAAUUCAAUUUCCAUAAUUGGAGUGGGGGCCUUAGGAUCUGGAGUGCUUAUAGAGGUCUGCACACAACUCCAGGGUGCAGCCAGGUUUGGGGAUUGUGGGUUGGAAACAGCAGGGGAGCCGUGGAAUAGUUUUAAGCAGAGGAGACUCCAGAUAAGAUGUGAUUUUAACAAACCCCUUUCUGGCCAGCCAGUGUGGAAAUAGAUUAGGUUAGAUGCUCAAGCUGUAUGCUCCCAUGCCUGUAGUUUCCUUGUUCAAUUCUCACACUGUUUUAUAUUUGCUUGUUUUGUCUCUCUGAAUAAGCUGUAAGCACCACAAGGGUCAGCCUGGGGUUAUCCUGCUACUGGUAUAUCCCCAGCAAAAAGCACAGUGCGUGACCCCAAACAGGCACCUAAUAAAUAGUUUUUGAAUGAAUGAAUGCAUUUGUGAGGGAGAGAGGGGAGACAUUAGUUAGGGAACAGUUGAAAAUACUAGGCCCACUCAAGGGCAAGGGCAGUGGGAAUGGAUUGGAGAUGAGCUGUUAAAGGAAGAUGAUGAAGCAGACUUGGUGACUGAUUAUUGGAUGUGGAGGGUGACUGAGAGGAUAGAAUGAAUACUCGUUAAUAGCCAAGAUUCCUACCCUAUCUCAGUCAUUCUUCUUCCUUACCCAUCUGACUCAGAAUCUCCUUCCAGCCUCCUCAGCAACUGGAAUUCCUCAAGUUAGGUAAACAUUCUUUGUGUGCUGUGUGGUCUCCCCCCGCCCCCCC